AUGGCUGCCUCGGAAGAAGGGACCAGCUGCUUGUUCCCCAGAGGCCGGUCCCAGAGCGACCCCAGCAUCCUCGCUGACACCGCAGACACUGGAGGCCAAGCGCGCCCAGAGGAAAUGGAUCAGUCCCCCGCAGUGCAUUCUGAAUAUCUGGUCUCAGGGAUCCGAACUCCUCCUGUCCGAAGGAAUAGCAAGCUAGCCACGUUGGGCAGGAUUUUCAAACCAUGGAAGUGGAGGAAAAAGAAGAAUGAGAAACUGAAGCAGUCGUCUACAGUGUUAGAGAAGAAGACAUCCACAAGGCAAAGCCGGGACGAGCUAAUUAAGAAAGGCCUCCUGGAAAUUAUGGAACAAGAUUCUGAAGGGAAAGCAUGCACUGCUGAUGGUGCCACCAGAACAAUGCUGAGUGACCCUUCAUCCCCCCCAUGCCAGGCAUUCACCUCAGAAGAGAUGCAACAGGAACAUAGAUCAGCCACCAUCAAGGCCGCCUCACUUGGCGAGGAGCUGCACUCAGAAGAACUGAGAGAAGAUUCAGCCAAGAAGACAUCAGCAUCCACAGAUGAACGAGAAAAUGCCAGCCUGCCAACCUCUGAAGAAACUCCACAAGCCUUACUACUUUUGGGAUCCACUGAGUCCCCCCAGAAACAGAUGGAAAGGAACACAGCCCAGGCCCCUAACCCUCCUUCCUCACUUCCAGUUCCACCACCUAAGAUUGUACCCAAAGUCUCAAAGAUUGUACCAGGACAAGCUGUUACCUUCCAGUCCUCAGGACCGAAAGUCUCCGAUCCCCACCUCAGAGGACAGCAUUCGACGCCAACUGGAUCCCCUCACCUGGCUGCUGUCCACCUACCUUUACCUCCUAGUCGAGUCAUCGAGGAACUUCACAGAGCCUUGGCCACGAAACAUCGGCAGGAUAGCUUUCAUGGAAGAGAAAAUAAAGCAUCUCCCAAAAAACGAAUGGAGAUCCGCUUGUCCAGAACAUCCAGCACUGAACAUGGCAAAGAGAAGGAUGGGUCAAUGAGCUAUAACAGCGAUCCAGAAAACAGAUGGAAUUUGGUUAAGGAGUCGGAUGAGAACAAAGAAAACCUGAUCAUGGACUCUGAAAUCAAGGAUGAUUCGGUUUUCUACGAGGACGAAGAAGUUUUGAAUGAUUCCAUAAUUUCUGGUACGUUGCCAAGAAAAUGCAAGAAAGAGCUUCUGGCAGUGAAACUGCGGAACAGGCCAAGCAAACAGGAGUUGGAAGAUAGGAACAUUUUCCCAAGAAGGACUGACGAAGAGAGGCAGGAGAUCCGGCAACAAAUAGAAAUGAAGUUAUCCAAGCGAUUGAGCCAAAGACCAGCUGUUGAGGAGCUUGAAAGACGGAAUAUCUUGAAACAAAGGAAUGAUCAAACAGAACAAGAGGAAAGGAGAGAGAUCAAGCAGAGGCUGACGAGAAAGCUUAAUCAACGACCUACAGUCGAUGAAUUAAGAGACAGAAAAAUCCUCAUCCGAUUCAGCGAUUAUGUGGAGGUGGCAAAAGCGCAGGAUUACGACCGACGAGCAGACAAGCCAUGGACCAGGCUUUCAGCGGCAGACAAGGCAGCCAUUCGUAAAGAGCUAAAUGAAUACAAAAGUAAUGAAAUGGAGGUGCAUGCAUCAAGCAAGCAUUUGACAAGAUUCCACAGGCCAUAGAGAUUUUCUUCUGCGAAGAAUUUGUCUACUUUUUUUGAUAUC